UGGGCUGAACCAGGAAGCGAGGCUGUGUGCGUGCGCAGUUCAUUCACUGCAUGCUCCUCUGUAAUUCAUACAACUUAGUACAAGAAAACAACACGAUGAAAAGGUAGCAAGAAAAGAAAUACAUUAUAAGCAGAAAACUUCUGUUUCGGCAUGUCUACCUGGAGGGUCAGAGUCCUGAUGGCACUGUGCUUCCUGUGGCAGACUAGAGGUCAUGUUCAACUUCCCCCUCCUCAAAAUGUUACAUUAUUGUCAAAGGAUUUUGACAUGAUCUUGACAUGGACUCCAGGAGAAGGCUCUCCACCGGAUGUGACAUACACUGUAAAGUAUGAAAGCCAGGAACGCAUGGAUGAAUGGAUAAAGGUUCCUCAUUGCAAAAAUAUUCACAGAACCUCUUGCAAUCUAACUUGUGUGCUUCCAAACCUCUUUGUUAAAGUCCGGGCUCGAGUAAAAGCUGUUUCUGGACGAUUCCGGUCGCCAUGGGUAGAAUCACAAUUCAAGGAAUACCAUUUGGAUGUGGAACUGGCUCCCCCAGUGCUGAAUGUGAAUGUCAAGGAGAACUUAAUGCAUGUGAAUGCCUCCUUCCCUUUGGCCACCUGUGUGGAGAGUUUCUCUUGGAUGUACGACUUGAACCUUUGGGAAGCUGGAUCUGAAGACAAGAAGCUAUACGAACGUAACUUUAGGAAGAGUACGGUGACUAUCGAUACCACUGCACUUAGAGGCAACUACUGUUUAAGUGCCAGAUCUUCCAUUCAGAGCAUUGACUUCAAGCACAGCAAAUUCUCCAAACCAGUGUGUGUGCUAUUAAACCACAAAGCAGUGGAAUGGAAGUUCCCAUUUUCUGCCACAACCCCUGUGUUUUUCCUUCCCAUCUUUCUGACAAGUGCCUUCAUCACCUGCUUGCUGAAACAAGAUGCUAAGCAAAAGAAAAUACCUCAUGCUUUGGAUUUCUCUCAUUUAAAAGCUGCUGGACCAGCCUUUCACUGUGAGCUCAGUGAAAAGGAAAUCUUCAGUGACUAUCUUGUCUGCACAGGAAAGCCAGUGUCACAAAGGAAAACAAACAAAGCUUUAGCAAGAAAUAACCUACCAUGGAUGGCUUCUCUCCUAUCAUCAUCAUCAUCAUUGGAGGAGGAGGAGGAGGAGGAGGAGGAGGAGGAGGAGGAGGAGGAAGACAGCAGUUCUGUCAUCCCAUACACUGAAGUGCCCCAGUUUCCAAAGAGACAUCUCAACUGUCAACCAUCCAGAACAGCUCAGGGGGAAACUAGCUUGGACUCUGGAUCUGGAGGUCUCUCUGUGGAUAGUGGAUCUGUGCUUGACCUAAGUACAUUGGGUUUCUCUUUCUUUCCAAUGAGAAAGAAGGAGGUGGACACCUCAGGAUCCCAAGGAAAUGAGAAGGCGUCCCUUUCUCACAGUUUCUCUUUGAGAAGAAUAUCCUCCCUCACUGAUGUGAGUUUCCCAGGCCCCAGGGAACAUGGACAGCAUGAUACAGACAGGGAUGGAUGCCUGGAAAUGACCCCUCUUCAAACACUGACAGAGGGGAUUUGUGCCAAACUUCCAGCUGAAGAGCACUACCUGCAUAGGAAGGCUCAUCAUUUCACCAAGUAUUACCAGAAACCAACAGCUGAUGUGCAUGCCCAGAUCGGUGAGGUAUCACAGCUCAGUGAGGAUCCCGAGCUGCUCAUUUCCUUUCAGACAUUACAGGUGGCAGAAGAUGAAGGUAUUGCAAGUGACUGUGACAGUGAUAAUUUUACAGAAGGGACACCUCCCACAUCCACGGUGCUAAGCGACACAUUUGAAACAUCAAAUAUGGAGGAAAAAUAUGAUCAGGAGUUUAAAAUCAAAGGCUACGAGCACACACAUUACAUGGGAAGGAGCUAGAGUAUCCUAGCAGUUCUGUGGCAUUCCUGGAAAAUGUUAGAGCUCCAGAUAGCCAGGCACGGAUAUAUAAACAAGAACAAGGACAAAUAACUGAUAAUGGUGCUUUUUGUAUUUAUUCAACUAGACAGAGCUUGUUCUGCUGAUGUCUGGCCUGUCGAGGCAUAUAGCUUUAGGGACACAAAAGGUAUAUUUUACAGCUAAGUAACUAAGGUACAUUCACCGUCCCUCUGUACAAGUACAGCCGUAAUAGGGUGCUAAGGCGCUGGUGCAAGGCACACGAUUUGAACACAGACAGGGGUGAUGCAUGCAGUGAUACCUCAUGUAGGUAUCACACAGCAAAUGCUGCCUUGUGUUGACUUGAGGCUUCAGAGCAAGGUAACUUUUACUUGUGAGUUAUGAAAGGCAAAACCACCUCUGGGACAGCAAAGCUACAGCCUGGACCUGCAGGAAAUCAUCAGCUGGGUUCUGGAAACAGUGUGCUGUGCCUGUGUGUUGAUUCUGAGCCAGAUGAACUGCUAACAUUACAUUUGCUUCCCUGUAACUGCAAAACUGUCCCCCUGCUUGACUGGAAGUACCUUACAAAGACAUUUAGCAACCUUUGCUUCUUGUGGGCUGAAAAGAUUUCUGCCUCAACCUACAGAUAUCACCUUCUGUCUUUCAACAGAGUGAACUGAAGUCAAAGUGAUAAACGCACACAUUUGUUUAUUUAUUUAUUUUUGGUUUUAUACAAAUAUACUUAUUGAAGCUGAAAUUCCCUCUGCUGUGCAGAAUGUCUGAGAACUGCUUAUGCACAGGCAAUAAUAUUUUGAUAUAUAACUCCA